CAGCCCCUCUAAUCUUUACACACGUGGUACAUUCUUUCUCUUUCGCCGGCCAUCUUGAAAUUACGUUAUCAUGGCGGCUAGACCACUAAUAACAGUAUACGAUGAGGCAGGAGAAAAUGUUGGACAGACCACCCUGCCUGCAGUGUUCAAAGCUCCCAUUCGUCCUGAUGUUGUUGGCUUUGUCCACACUAACAUGGCUAAGAACAAACGGCAACCUUAUGCUGUGAACAAGCUUGCCGGCCAUCAGACGUCUGCUGAGUCCUGGGGUACGGGCCGUGCUGUUGCCAGGAUUCCUCGUGUGAGAGGUGGUGGCACACACCGCUCAGGCCAGGGUGCUUUUGGCAAUAUGUGUAGAGGUGGACGUAUGUUUGCCCCUACAAAAACCUGGCGACGCUGGCAUCGCAAGAUCAAUCAGAAACAGCGCCGAUAUGCUAUGUGCUCAGCCUUGGCCGCUUCUGCCCUCCCUGCUCUUGUGAUGGCUCGUGGUCACCGUGUUGAUGAGAUCCCUGAGGUUCCAUUGGUUGUUUCAGAUGGAAUUGAAUCUCUGCAGAAGACUAGUGCUGCAGUGAAGCUCCUUAAGUCAGUAAAUGCCUAUGGGGAUGUUGAAAAAUGUAAGGAGUCGAAGAAGAUUCGUGCAGGAAAAGUAAGUUUGCACUGAGACUUUGAAGAGAGA